AUGCUGGCACCGGCGGUGCUCGGCCUGCUCUUGCUGGCGGCGUGGGGCCAUGGCGAGGACGCGGUGGCGGCGGUGCUGGGCCGGCACGCCGUGGACCGCCUGGCGCGGCUGCUGUCGCCGGCCGAGUGCCGGCAGCUGCGGGCCUGGCUGGCGGGGCCGGACGGCGACCUGGCGCGGGAGCUGGAGCAGCUUUCGGAGGCGAGGAACCCGCUGGGCCGGGGGCGGCGGGGGCCCGGGGGCUGCACCACCGCCCUGCGCCGCGGGCUGCUCGUCGCCGGGGCGGCCGCCCCCUGGGACCGGCUCUCGCGCGGCCUCCGCCACGUCGGCCGCCCCGACGUCGCCCGCGAGCUGGGCAAGAACCUGAUCCAGGACCGCAGCCUGGAGCUGCGCCGGCACGUGGAGGGCUACGGCCGCGCCGCGGCCCGGCUCACCUCCUCGCUGCUGCUGCCGCAGGGCGACCCUCACCGCGGCGGCAGGGCUCGGCGGGCCGGUGGCGGCGGGUGGCCGCCCCCCUACGCCCGGAGCCCGCUGGGCUGGGUCGGCCCCGUGGUCUCGGGCGUCCUGGGGGGCUUCCUCACCUCCGUCCUCCUCCUCCUCCUCGCCGCCGCCUGCUCCCGCCGCUGGGCCGGGCUGGGGGAGGCACCGGCCGCCGCGACGUCCUGCGGGAAAGCGAGAGCCAAUAAAGCUUCGUGGAGGAGCUGA